AUGAGUGGUGGGAAGGUUACUAAAAAGCUAAAAAGUUUUGCAGAAUUAGAACAAAUCUAUAGCAAUAUGCAAACACUAUUAGAGAAGAAAAUGGAUCAGCUUGAAGAAAUUCGCUUUGUUGAAACUCAAAAGACGAUGCUAAGUUCUCUUAAAAAUCAGAUUGAUGAGCUAAACAAAGACAUUGUGAGAAGACAGUCCAAUAUUGACAUGGAAGAAUACAAGGUUUUGGAAAAUAACAUUUCUAAGUUGAGAAAUGAAAUUAAAGAGCUUGAAAAUAUUAAACUACCACCAAGAGUGAUGGAAUUAAAAGCAGAUAUUCAGCUGAUUAACGAGAAAAUUGAUUAUUUGCAAAAAAUCAACCAGGAAAUCAAAAUUAAGCUUUCGUUCGAACCCCAAAAUAACAUCUCUACUCUUGAAAAAGAGUAUGCAAGGUUACAAAAAGAGUACGAUGCUUUGGAGGCUGAGUUACUGCCAGACGUACAUAUUCUGAGUACGCUUGAAGAAGAAUACAAUGCUGCUCUUAAAGUGCAUAGCAUGAUUCAGGAUCAGAUUAAUCAGAUUAGAACUGAUAUGGGUAGUGACUAUCAUCAAGAAGCUGAGUACAAGGCCAAAAUUGAAGAAAUUGCAGAAGCCCUCAAGGAUGUGUCCAAAGUUAAGGAAAAUUGUAGGACAAAGAGGCAAGAGCUUAUAAAUGAAUAUGCUAUGACUAAUAAUUUACUCUUAAUGAUUGAUCCGGAAAGGAUACUGAGGCUUGAUGACAGUAUUGGAUUUAUUGAUGAAAUGAAUGAUGUUGAGCUUAAACAAAAAAGCAGGGAGAUGAUUGAGGAGUUGAAUAGCAAGGAAGCUGUUAACUUUAAAAAACUAAAAGAAAGUAUAAAAUCAGAUCAAGAUUUCUCUGCUGAGGAAGACCUAGAAAUUUACAGGGUUAUCUUUUCUGAAUAUGAAUCUGCAAAGAAACUCUAUGACGAACUGAAAGCUUCUUGCGAUUUUGUUGGAUCCAAACUUGAUCAAAUGAAAGUUGAGCUUGAGAAUUUAAACUCAGAACGAUUGACUAAGUUCAUGGAUGGGUUUAAUACAAUCAACAAGAACAUCAAGGAAAUCUUCAGCUUGAUUACUUUUGGUGGCAAUGCAGAACUUGACCUUCUUGAUUAUCUAAAUCCAUUUAGGGAUGGAAUUGUUCUGAGUAUAAUGCCCCCAAAAAAGUCGUGGAAACAGAUUUCAAAUUUGAGCGGAGGAGAAAAAACGCUCAGCUCGCUUGCUUUGAUCUUUGCUCUUCACAAGUAUAAACCCAGUUCGCUUUACAUUAUGGACGAGAUUGAUGCAGCUCUUGAUUUUAAGAAUGUGAGUAUUAUUUCUCAAUACCUUUUGCAUGUUGAUGCCCAGUUUAUUAUUAUUAGCUUGAGGGAUGAUAUGUUUGAAAAGGCAAGAACAUUGGUGGGUGUUUAUAAAACCAAUGAUGUCUCAAAGGCAAUAACUGUCAAUUUGGACUCAUUUAUAUCUACAUCUAGCUAUUAA